GUUUGGUUGGAAAGCAAACAGACGACUUUCCGCCGGACCACGUUGAUCCGGCAGACUCGGGGGUUUCCGGGCUGCACGUUUCGGCACAAUGCCAGCGCACUGCGUCGCGUAUGGCUGUACUAAUUACUUUUACGGCAAAGAGGCGGUGAAGUUUUUUAGAUUUCCGUCAGCAAAACUGUAUCCCGAGAAGCGAGACGCUUGGAUUGCUGCGGUAAAAAGGAAGAAUGAACACGGUUCGUUGUGGCAACCGAACGAACAUUCACGCAUUUGCAGCGCGCAUUUUAUUGCAGGGCGGCCGUCAACUUUUAAGAAUCAUCCCGACUACGUGCCAAAUAUGUUCUGCUACAAGAGAACUCCGGGCCAGGCUGGUGCGGAUCGGCACAGCCGUUGGCUGAAAAACCAAGACGCUGUUUCUACAAAGCAGCAAGGUAGCAAGAACACAGCAAGUCAGCUCCCUGCCACACAGCAACCUACAGCCCCUUCGUUGAACCAAGGGAAGGCCAGUAAAGGUGCUGGCAUGAAUGAAAAUACAUCUGCAGCCCAGCCGGAGCUACUAACCACCACGCAACAGCCUGCAUCCCCAUCACCGGCUCAAGGGGAAACCACUAAAGAUACCAAGCCAUUGCAGGCACCGCUGCCAGAAUGCAGUUGUCAACAGUGCAGUUGUGGCAACGUGAGACGCAUGGAGCGCACUCUCGGUGAACUGCAGAAACUUGCUAUCCAGCUUCAGAACAGAAACCUAAGGCUUGAAAACAAGCUUGAAAGGGUAGAGUCAAGACUUCUCACAGUAAAAAUACUGCGUGAUCCAAGCAAAUGCAUGCAUUACGUUGGACUUCCAAACAUUGAAGUUUUCCAAAUCUUACUGGACUACCUAAAACCCCUUGCUAGUGAAAUGGCAUACUGGGGUUCGAACCAGAAAGGCGGAAAGAACCUCCGUGGCCGUCGAAAAGAUAGUGAAUUGGAAAAUGAGUUCUUUAUGACAUUGCUUAGGCUGAGAAGAGGAAUAGGUGGUGUAGAGCUAGCACGCAACUUCCUAAUAUGUGAAAGCCAGGUUAGCCGCAUUUUCACCACAUGGGUGAAUCUGCUGCAACGAGAGCUAAAAAAACUUACUACGCUACCUUCUCGGGAAGCCUUGCAACCAUACCUGCCGAAGUCAUUUCGUGACUUUGCGGACACAAGAUUGGUUCUUGAUGCAACUGAAGUGAGAAUUCAGCGACCAUCGUCGCUAAGUGCCCAAAGGCAAACAUUUUCAGCAUACAAACAUUUCAACACAUACAAGGUGCUUGUGGGGUGCACUCCCGAUGGAUACAUAGCGUUUGUUUCCCGCCUUUGGGGUGGGUCAGUGUCAGACACGACGAUCCUGGAAAGCAGUGGAUUGCUCGACGAGUUAGUAGAAGGAGAUGCAGUCAUGGUGGACAAAGGUUUCACCUUCCCCUACAUACCACCUGGAGUGACUGUGUACCGACCACCAUUCCGUCAGCGUCAUGAAAAACAGAUGCCACCAGCUGCAGUCCAUGAAACGCGGUGCAUUGCCCGUGCAAGAGUCCAUGUCGAACGGGCUAUUGCACGCGUGAAAAGUUUUCGUCUACUUGACCGGCCAUUCCCAAUUUCCAUGAUUGAUAUUGCUGACCACGUGUUUCAAGUGUGCUGCUUCCUCAGCAAUUUUAGGAAUCCACUCAUAAAAGAUGAAGUGGCUGUAUAAGCACAUCUUAUUUUGUUAUAGCGCAAG